UUCACUUACACCCUGAUGCCAUUCCUUCUCUCUUUCCUCUCUUACCAUCCAAUCCUCUUCUCCCUUCUCUUGUUCUCACAGAUUGAUCAUCGCCGUUGAAUCAAUGGCCAGUCCGCACUAGAAACUGCAAUAACAUUUGUGACCAGGAUCAACGUCCAAUUUCUUUUCAUGUUUCCUACCCCAUCAAUUGCAUGCCCAGUUUCUACAUCGAUAUGAAUCAUAUAUUUUAAAGGAUUAAGGAAAAGAUCAUCCACUUUUUUCCGCAUGUUACGAACGCAAAGAAAGAAGAUUAGUGUACAAGAAAAGCGUGGUGAGCGAGGAUGUCGUGGGUAAGAUCAGCGGUGAACAAAGCGGUGGAAGUAGGAGGUCAAAGCAACCUCUCUCGUACCGUCCGCAACUACGCUGAUUCCGUCGUCCUACACGCCAGCAAUGCCGUUGCUGGUGGAGCCAAGAUCAUCCAAGAGCGAAUUGGCAAUCGGAAUAUGCAAAGCUUUAAGCUUACUGUAAAACGACUAGAAGAAGUUUCAGUUUCAUGUCGGGGAACAGAGAGGGUUCAAUUACUAAGAAGGUGGCUGGUUGCACUGAAAGAAGUUGAGAGACUGGCUGGCUUCUCCGAGCUCAAUGCAAGAGAUACAGAAGACCCUCUUGUUAGUAAUGAAUCCAAGGAUUCACCUGGAAGACCGACUCCGGUUUAUUAUGCUGACCCUGGCAUGACAGGUGAACCCAGAAAUUUUCGCGAUGUCUUUCUUUCCAGUCAAGCUCUUGAGGGCAUAACAUUGUCAAUGAUUCUUGAAGCACCAAACGAAGAAGAAGUUUCAUUACUUUCAGAGAUAUACGGGCUUUGUCUAACAGGCGGAAAGGAAGAGGCUACUGUAGUGUUAUCUAGUGUAAUGGAUCUGGCAAAAGUUUUUUCCGGAUAUGAAGAUGAAGUACUGGCAAAGCGGGAAGAAUUGCUUCAAAAUGUCCAAGGUGCACUUGUGGGGCUGAAAAUAAAUGCUGAUCUCAUGAGAAUAGAUGACGAAGCCAGCUGUUUAAAGGAACAAAUCGAGAAAACCAAAAUAGAAAUCAUAUAAUCAGUCAAUAGUGUGUAAUGAAGUGACGCCUAUAAAGUUUCAUUUCAGGUUCUUGAUGAAGCUGCUUUACAAAUUCAAACAUGUAGUAAGUUGGAGGAACUCUUACUAGAGAAGAAAAACUUUAGCUAUGGUGAUUCUCCAGAAUUUCAUGCUGAAAAGGUUGAUAAACUAAAAGUUUUAUCAGAGUCUCUUGCCAAUUCUACCUCAAAAGCUAAAAAUCGCAUCUCAGAACACAGAUCUCAAAAAGAAGAAGCACUUAGUUUCCGGCUAACCAAGUCCCAUGAAGUUAACCAAGUUGAGAAGGACUUGGGAGACGAGAUUGAAGAACUCGAGAAGCAGAAAGAUGAACUUGAAGCCAGUCUGAAAAAGGUCAAUGCUUCGUUGUUAUCUGCUCGUAUGCGCCUCCAAAAUGCAAAAGAAGAGAGAGAUCAGUUUGAGGAGGCAAGCAAUGAAAUUCUUGCGCAUUUGUCCAUGAAGGAAGAUGAGCUUCUGCGAGCCAUAGCUUCAUAUACAAAUGAAGCUUGUGUUGUCAAUACAUGGAUCAACUUUCUGCGAAGUACCUGGCUUCUCCAAACCGCACAUAAAGAGAAAAAGAAGGAGCAGGUCAAUGCUGACCUGGAGAAAUAUGGGAAUUAUUUUGUGAAUUUGGUUCUAAGUCUUCUCUCUUCUUACAAGGACAAGUUGGGUCCAUCUGUUACCCAAGCAAGAAAACUUGCGGAGAACUUGAGCUCAAGUCAAGGGUCAGAAAUAUCAGAAGCUGGAGAUAAUGAUGUCUCUACCAUAAUGAAUUCGAGGAAAAAGCUUGAAGAAGAAUAUCUGGGUGUCGAAAACAAGUUUAAAUUUAUACUGAGUUUAGCGGAGGACAUUAAAAAACAGUUUCACAUUCAAAAUGAAGGGAUUUUCAGAAAAGACCACGACAAAGUCAAGGAUCUAUUAGAUGCCAUUGAGAGAAUAAAAGAAGAAUUUGAAUCCGUUGAGAGGCCGAAGCUGGAAGUUGAGACUCCAACUCAAAGGUCCGAAACACCGCCAAGCCAAACAUCCUUUAAAAGUGCUUCACCUAGAACUCCAUCUGUAGCGAACGGACUCAGACCAAAUGGACUGCUCAAAUCACUCUCAUUUGGUGGGCGAAUGUCAGAAUCGUCAGAAAUACAAGCACAACUCGAUAAAAUUUGUGACGAUGAUUCGGCAGACGAGAUAAGUGAAUGGGAGUUUGAUGCUCACGAAAGAAUUGACCAUGCACCGAGAAAAUAGACCAAAAAUUACACCUGAUGUUGUAAAGAAAAGAAAGAAAUAAAGAAGGUACCACGAGAAGGAUUUAUCAGACACCGGACAUCAUAUUAUGUCCACCUGCGUUGUCCUGGGAUGCGCAGGUUACCAAUUUUGUUGGGGCGCUGAAUUGUUGUAUUAGUACGUAUUGUCACUGAAGAAUUGUAGAUAUUUAACAAAGAAAUGUUCCUGAGCGAUCCCCUGUUUAUGUAUAAUCAUUCACCGAGAAAAGUCAAUUUUUUUCUUUUGUGCCAAUGUAAAAAUAUUCACAUGUUUUUCUAAAUCCUGAAGAUUAUGUGACUGGGGUACAUAGGUCCUAUUCCGACCAUUACACUUCUUAAUCCAUCUAUCUACACAAGUGAAAUCUGCUUCAUGCAGAAAACAGUGGACAAAUAAUGCAGGACGGACUUGCAGUUAUGAUGGAGGCUGAUAAUGCAAAGUAACAUGGGUUCAAAUGAAAAAGAUGAAAGGAAAAGCAUGAGCUCGACACCCUUUGGGCUCGCAUGGGAUGGUGGAAGCUUGGAACUUUUCAUCUCUGCAAUGACAGUCUCCGCUUUAUCCGCCGGUACUGUCAUUGUUUUCUCUCUAACAUGUUGAGUCAAUGCAACUCGAAACUUGCUUGUUUGUUUUCCUUAAACGCAUGUAUU